GUGUAUGGUGUGCUGGUUGGCCCCCGAGCAGACGGCAGGAAAGGAGAAGCCCUUUGUGUACACCCAGGGGCAGGCCGUCCUGAACCGGGCCUUCUUCCCCUGCUUUGACACGCCUGCGGUCAAGUGCACGUACUCCGCCCUCAUCCAGGUCCCCGACGGCUUCACCGCGGUGAUGAGUGCCGACACCUGGGAGCGGCGAGGGCCCCACGGGUUCUUCUUCCGCAUGAGCCACCCCAUCCCCUCCUACCUCGUCGCGCUGGCCAUCGGAGACCUGGCCUCGGCGGAGGUGGGGCCCAGGAGCCGGGUGUGGGCCGAGCCCUGCCUGGUCGAGGCUGCCAGGCAGGAGUAUGACGGCGUGAUCGAGGAGUUCCUGGCCGCAGGAGAGAAACUCUUCGGACCCUACGUUUGGGGCAGGUACGACGUCCUCUUCAUGCCGCCGUCCUUCCCCUUCGGGGGCAUGGAGAACCCGUGCCUGACCUUCGUCACCCCCUGCCUGCUGGCGGGGGACCGCUCGCUGGCCGACGUCAUCAUCCACGAGAUCUCGCACAGCUGGUUCGGGAACCUGGUCACCAACGCCAACUGGAGCGAGUUCUGGCUCAACGAGGGCUUCACCAUGUACGCACAGCGGCGGAUCUCCACGCGCCUCUUCGGUGAGCGGCCUGAACCUGCCUGGUCGGUCACUCAGCAGGGGAGGCCGACCUCGAAGUGUCUGUCCUCCUUCUCCCCGCGGCCGCCAGGGGGCAGCGCAGCCUCCUGUCCGACCGCGGAGCACCCGCUCAACAAGCUGCGGGUGAAGAUCGAACCAGGUGUGGACCCGGACGACACCUACAACGAGACCCCCUACGAGAAAGGCUUCUGCUUCGUCUCCUACCUGGCCCACCUGGUGGGCGACCAGGAUCAGUUUGACAGGUUCCUCCAGGCCUACGUCAAGGAGUUUAAGUUCCAAAGCAUCUUGGCGGACGACCUCCUGGAGUUCUACCUGGAGUACUUCCCGGAGCUAAAGCAGCGGAAGGUGGACGCCAUUCCAGGCUUCGAGUUCGACCGCUGGCUGAACACCCCAGGCUGGCCACCGUACCUCCCGGACCUGUCCCCCGGGGACGCGCUCAUGAAGCCUGCGGAGGAGCUGGCCCAGCUGUGGGCGGCCCCGGAGCUGGACAUGCCGGCCAUUGAGGCCGUGGCCAUCGGCUCCUGGAAGACCUACCAGCUGGUGUACUUCCUGGACAAGGUCCUCCAGAAGUCCCCUCUGCCGCCCGGGAACGUGAAGAAGCUGGGGGAGCUGUACCCGAAGAUCUCGGGCGCCCGCAACGCAGAGCUGCGGCUGCGGUGGGGCCAGAUCGUCCUUCGGAACGACCUCCAGGAGGACUUCGGGAAGGUCAAGGACUUCCUGCAGAGCCAGGUGGGUACCGCGCCCCCAGGCCCACAGCCCGCAGCUCCGGGGCCUCACCCUUCCCUGGAGCAGCGGGAGGGGCGGAGAGCGAGCGGGGAGGGUCUGCCCACAGCCCCUCGGGAGGGAGGCCCAAGGGCAAGGAGGUGAGUGAUCCAGAGGCUG